GGUGACGCGCAUUGGAGCGGGGGCUCUGGUCCAGCGUAGAUCCUCAAAACCUCGGAGCGGCCCCCGCAGCAGCUGCACAAGACGGGAGGGAGGCGAGACGACACCCCGAGCCGGGCUCCAGCACCCGGAGCGACACUCGCGAGGAGAGCGGCACCCAGGCGGAGAGGAGCGUGAAGCCGCAGCGCGCGUCUGCCGUUCUCUCUCCCGGUAUCUUCACCCUCCACUCUCUCGACCUGUCACGUCACCAGUCACCUGCUGUCAUCUCCUCUCUCGCCUCCCGAAAUCUCCGAUCACCCCCCACGCUCGCCUCCUCUCUCUCAACUCCCGUCUUUCCCUCCUCUUCCUCCAUCCACACCGUCCGUCAUCCUGCCCGUCCGUCCGUUCCGAUUGGAACAUCCCUCGCUGCCCCCGCUGCGAGGUUCCACGAUGAGGGGGGGCAGCAGGCGAAGCUGCCUGCACGCUGCCCGCCUGCUGGGCUGCCUGGCCCUGGCGUGCUGCUGGUGGUGGAGCCCCGCGGAGGCCGCCCCGGGCGCCAGGCAGUACGUGAACGAGUGGGCAGUGCAGAUCGAGGGGGGGCCCCACGUCGCGUCCGCCCUGGCUGACGAGCUGGGAUACCGUCUACUAGGCCAGAUCGGGGCACUGGACGACCACUACCUCCUGCAGAGGCGCGACCUCCCGCGGAGGGUGCGGAGGGACACCCAGGAGCACACGGAGCGCCUCUCCAGCGACCACCGGGUGAAGUGGGUGGAGCAGCAGUACCACAAGGAUCGCUCCAAGCGCGCGCCCCCCCGCGCCCCCCCCGCGCCCUGCCCCCACUGCUCCCCCGUGGACAUGUUCGACGACCCCCUGUGGCUCAAGCAGUGGUACCUGCAGGACACGCGGAGGGACCGCUCGCUGCCCAAGCUGGACCUGCACGUGAUCCCCGUGUGGCGCGCGGGGAUCACGGGCCGCGGGGUCGUGGUCACGGUGCUGGACGAUGGCCUCGAGUGGAACCACACGGACAUCCGCGGCAACUACGACCCCGACGCGAGCUACGACUUCAACGACAACGACCCCGACCCCUUCCCCCGAUACGACAUCACCAACGAGAACAAGCACGGCACCCGCUGCGCUGGUGAAAUCGCCAUGCGCGCCAACAACGGCAAGUGUGGCGUCGGGGUGGCCUUCAACGCCCGCGUGGGAGGGAUCCGCAUGCUAGACGGCAUCGUGACGGACGCCAUCGAGGCGAGCUCCAUCGGCUUCAACCCGCAGCACGUGGACAUCUACAGCGCCUCCUGGGGCCCCAACGACGACGGCCGCACCGUGGAGGGGCCCGGACGUCUGGCGCGCAAGGCCUUCGAGCACGGCAUCCUGCGGGGUCGCGGCGGGAAGGGCUCCAUCUUCGUGUGGGCGUCGGGGAACGGGGGUCGGCAGGGGGACAACUGCGACUGCGACGGCUACACGGACAGCGUGUUCACCAUCUCGGUGAGCAGCGCCUCGCAGCGCGGCCUCUCGCCCUGGUACGCCGAGAGGUGCUCCUCCACCAUGGCGACGGCCUACAGCAGCGGCGACUACAGCGACCAGCGCAUCGCGAGUGCGGACCUGCACAACGCGUGCACCGACACCCACACGGGCACCUCGGCGUCUGCGCCGCUGGCGGCCGGGAUCUUCGCCCUCGCGCUCGAGGCCAACCCGGCGCUCACCUGGCGAGACGUGCAGCACCUGGUGGUGUGGACGUCCGAGUACGACCCGCUGGCCAAAAACCCCGGCUGGAAGCGCAACGGCGCGGGCCUCAUGGUCAACAGCCGCUUCGGGUUCGGGCUCCUCAACGCCAAGGCGCUCGUGGAGCUCGCGCGGCCCGCCACGUGGCGUCACGUGGCGCCCGCCAGGGCCUGUGUCGUCACAGACGACCGGUUCACGCCCAGGUGGCUGGGUAACGGGCGUGAGGUGUCCGUGGACAUCCCGACGCGGGGCUGCGAGGGCCAGGAGAACGAGAUUCGAUCCCUGGAGCACGUGCAGCUGGAGACGACUCUGGAGUACACGCGGAGGGGAGACCUCCACAUCACGCUCACCUCGCCCGCGGGCACGACCACGGCGCUGCUGGCGGAACGCGAGCGCGACGCGUCUCGCGACGGCUUCAAGGGCUGGCCCUUCAUGUCGGUGCACACGUGGGGAGAGAAUCCAGUGGGGACCUGGACCCUCACCAUCACCGACCGGUCCGGGCACGUGGAGAACGAGGGCCGCGUGGUGGCCUGGCGCCUCGUGCUGCACGGCACAGCCGCGCGCCCCACGCACAUGGCGGCCCCGCGCCUCUACAGCGCCUACAACGCCGUGCAAAACGACCGGCGCGGGGUGGACGCCUCGCCCGAGGACCCGGAGGACGCCGCUGACGCCAACUCGUGGGGCUCCACAGGAGUCACCUCGUCCUUCCCCGGCACCCGUGGCCGUCCGGAGCCCCCCGCCUCCGAGUCGGCGGAGCGCAACGAGGUGGACGAGGAGGAGGAGGCGGCGGCGACGGCGGGCGACGACGACUACGGCGGCGAGGUGGCGAAGGCGGACGAGGCCGACUCGCGGCGCGGCCCGCGGCUCCCGCCGUACUUCGUCGCGCCGGACGAGGUGGAGCGGCUGCUCGGCCUCUCGGCGGCUGGACGGCGGCGGCAGGGCGAGGUGGAGACGAAGGUGGAGGACGAGGUGGAGGACGAGGUGGAGGGCGAGGCGGAGCGAGCGGAGCUGCACCGCCUGCGCGGAGACCCGGGCCGGGCGGACGCGGCGAGGGCCAUCGCACGGCUGCUCGCGAUGAGAGGGUGACGGCGGGACCAGGGGCCGUCCUCGUCUCACCUCGUCUCACCUCGUCUCACCUCGUCUACCACGCACCACGACGCGGUCGGCACAGAGGCGGCGGAGGAGGGAGUGAGG